UUUAGACCGUUCCCUCUGGUGUGAUCCACCUGAAUUUGGAUCAACCUGAUUUUUUGGAUCAAGGGUUAAGGUGAGGUGAGUAGGUGACGUAUGUGAUGGACUGAGUGGAUGUCUAACACAGAUCAUGGUGUGGCCCACUUUGCUCAACACUGUGGAAAGAUUCACAGAUGCGUCUUCAUACAAAGAAUCUGGGUCCAAAGUAGCUUUGUUUUGUUAUUGGGAUACUUCUGGUUGAAAGCUUUCUAUUUUUUGGUUGUAAUGGAAUAAUUCUCACUCCCCAAGAGCUGUCCUGUUGGGAAUUUCUUCAUGGAUGGUUUUUUCACAGUAGAUUGUGUCAACUUGUUUGUUAAUGAAUAUUUUCAAUUAUCUUAAAGCUAUGCCAUUCUUUUUUGUUUGUUUUCUUAUUCUUAUGUUUACUUCUGCUGGAGCAGAAAUGCUUUCAACCAUAAGCUGACAUUGUUAGCAAAGGUUCGUCAUCCUAAUGUGGUUCAGUUUGUGGGAGCUGUUACUCAAAAUAUACCCAUGAUGAUUGUUUCAGAGUACCCUUCAAAAGGCGAUCUUGGAAGCUACCUUCAGAAGAAAGGAUGUCUGCAGCCUACUAAGGCUCUGAGAUUUGCCCUUGAUAUUGCUAGGGGUAUGAAUUAUCUUCACGAAUGCAAACCGGAACCCGUUAUCCAUUGUGAUUUAAAGCCAAAAAAUAUUUUGCUGGAUAGUGGAGGCCAGUUGAAGGUAGUAGGUUUUGGUUUGGUCAGGCUGUCAAAAAUAUCACCUGACAAAGCCCAACUAGCUCCAGGGGCUCAGAUUGACAGUUCAAGUUUAUACAUGGCACCGGAGGUUUACAAAGCUGGAAUAUUUGACAGAAGCGUUGAUGCAUUCUCUUAUGGUCUAAUUUUUUAUGAGAUGAUUGAAGGAGCACCCCCUUUCCACCCCAAGUCCCCAGAAGAUGCUGCUAAAAUUAUUUCUUUAGAAGGAAUGAGACCACCAUUCAAGCUUAAAUCAAAAAAUUAUCCUCCAGACCUUAGAGAGUUAUUUGAAGAAUGUUGGGACCCUGAACCUGUGGUUAGACCAACCUUUUCUGAGAUUAUUGCGUGACUGGACAAAAUAAUUGCAAACUGCUAUAAGCAAGGAUGGUGGAAAGACACUUUCAAGCUUCCCUGUUUGUUACAAGUUAUCAGUUACAAUUUACAACUUACAAGGUACAACUUACAACUUACAAAAAGAUUCAAGAGCAACAAGAGUAGAAGACUACAAGUCUACAACAUUCAAAACUUAGGACUCAAGAGUCAAGAGUGAAGACAAGAAGUGAAGAAUAUAUUUCCAAAAUUUAGAUUGUGUAAUUUGUGUUUUUGUAAUUUUGUAACUCUUUCUCUUCCCCCCUCCCCCCUCUUCUACUACAAGUGUAAGUGUGCAACUUUCUCUCUAGUUUCUCUUUUUCAUUUUCAUUUCCAUCUCCCUUUAUAGUUUCUAUU